UCAAUGAAACGCCCGUCCCCCUCAUUCCCUUCCUCUCUCCAAGAACCCUCCCCCAAAAGGCUCUCUCUGCUUCCACCCUCCCCUUCUCCUCUCUACCGGAGCCUCUCCGAACCAAUUGAUUCUCUGGGUAUACUCAACGUCCAAACUGCUGACAAUUCCAAGAUUUCACCGCCGCCGCCAAUCCUCUCUGAGCCAUCUUCGGUGAAGAAUUCUGAGUCCCGGAAUCGGAUGCCAAUCCCUCCUCUCCAUAGAUCUUUAUCUGACCCCACCGCCGCAGCAUUAGAGUUCCGUCCCUCUCCGCCACAAACCAUCAAAUCCCCCGCUCAAGAGAGCCCCAAUACCAAGAGGGUUAAGAGGAUGAAAGAUAGAUUGAGACAGAUGAGAGAAUGGUGGGAUCAAGUGUUGCAAGAAGAAGAUGAAAAGAUGAGAGAAUGGUGUGUUCGUGGUCUUCCAUGGAUUCCGGCGCACAAGAGAAGAAAAGAGAAGAAGAAAAGAGAGCAAAUGACCAUUAUGCCCUCAUUAAAUGGUAAUCAGAAAGGGGUUACAAUUUUCCGGCCUAAUUUGGCCUCUGAUUUGGCCGGAAAGACCAAAUUCGUUAAAAAAAGCAUAGUUAAAGGAUCAAUUCGUUACUUUUAAAAGUCAAGUGUUGAAAUUAAUAGAAGUGCUAUAGUCAGAGGACCAAAAGUGCAAUUUACUCUUUAAUAAUUGACAGGAUCUGCAGUUUUAUUAGUAAUAGGGUUUGUAAAUUUGUGACA